AUGACCAGGAAGGAAAAGGGAACGCCCAAAUCCACCACAAAGAAGGCCAAGUCCAAGUCCUCCAACGCGUCGUCGGCUGCGGCCAAACGCACCUCCAACCCUCCCCCGAAGCCUCUCUUUUCAAGCAGGCCCCUCCCAAAGAAGCAGAUCAAGCCCAAAGUCAAACAACAGCAGGUGUGCCCGGGAGACGAGAAUGGAGACAACAAAGGACUGCUCUGCAACGUAACCUACACUACCGAGGAAGACGGCACCAUUGCGCCCUACAAAGAGUUGGGCCGGUCGCUCUGCUUCUACUGCGAACGCUUGUUCACCGCCUAA